GAGAGAGAGAAACAGAGAGGCAGUCCGCCAAUUAUCGCGAUGGACGCAGGAAACUCAGCAUGAGCUUUUCCUUCUUCCCUUCCAAUUCCUGUAGCUGAAGAGCCUGUAGCCUCCGCCACAGGGAACAGCGGAAUAUGUCUUUUCAUUCGUCACGCUAGCGCUAUCCGACACAUUUAUAUUUCCAUCCGACAAUUUGCUCUAAAUAAAGAAGGCAUUUUUCUUACAGUCGGAUAACGGACACCAGAGCAAAUGGAGAUGAUCUGAAGGAAACCCGAUGGCCACUGACCAAGACCUCUUCCCAUCACUUCCAUGUAAUACACUAUAGGUACUUGUGAAUGUUCCACGUGCGCGUCAACAGUCUACACAGCGCGCGACUCCGUGCCAAUGUGACCGAGUCCGGCAGUAACUCGUGGGAAGCAGUGCACACAUUUCACUGGAUCGUUUGGCUGGGAUUUUCAGCAUGUCAUACCCUCAGGGCUACUUGUACCAGGCGUCCACCCCUCUGGCUCUCUAUUCGUGUCCUUCAUACGGCUCGAGCGCGCUGGCGGCGCCGCGUGCGGAUGAGCUGAGCAGAGGGAACUCCAGCUCCGGCUCUGCGUUUGCACCGUACGCGGGAUCUACAGCUUUCACCAGCCAAACUCCAGCCUUCAACUCGCUCCAGUACGGCUCAGAGCCCGCAUCCGCACCACAGUUCUCCUCAUUCGCGGGUUCCCCGUAUGAGCCGUCCCCGGGUCUGGCCGCCUCUCUGGGUUACGCGCACCCGUACGGAGCGCCGCUGGGCGCGUUCCCGCUCGGAGACCCCGCGUACCGGAAGAACGCCACGCGGGACGCCACCGCAACGCUGAAGGCCUGGCUCAGCGAACACAGGAAGAACCCGUACCCCACCAAGGGGGAAAAGAUAAUGCUGGCCAUCAUCACCAAAAUGACUCUUACCCAAGUGUCCACCUGGUUUGCCAACGCGCGCAGAAGACUGAAGAAGGAGAACAAGAUGACGUGGACACCACGGAACAGAAGCGAGGACGAAGAUGAAGAAGAUAAUAUCGAUUUGGAAAAAAAUGAUGACGAAGAUGAGCCGAUUAAGGCAGCCGAAAUGGCAGAGUCGACCAAAGAAUUAGGCCUUCCCGUUAAUCCAGGAUUAAUCACGACCGAGAAGCACACAGAACACACUGAUGAUGAAGCGGAUCGUGUUACUGACACUUCCGCUCUGAGAGAAGGUGAGCCUCGGGCUGGGUGCGACUCUUCAUCACCCACGACCUCCUCUCUCCAAAGCGAGAGAGUCGGGCCAGAGACACCCGCAGAUCAGGGAGACACUCCGAGCGCAGUGAAGCCUUCCGGAGAGAGCGGCCUUGGCACAUCUGUCAUUCAUUCCACGAACCCGGCUCCCAAACCCAAACUGUGGUCUCUGGCCGAGAUCGCCACGUCGGAUAAACCGGGUAGUGAGCGGCUCCAAACAUGCGGAGCCGCUCAGAGUCCGGUCAUCAUCAGCACGGGCACGUUCUCGCCCUCCAGGUCGCCCACACGGGGUCCUCUCCUCCCCAGGCACUUCUACUACGCUUCUGCUUUUUAUCCCGCUUUCACGAACUACAGCGCGUUCGGGCCGGCGGGCCGCGCCUCCAGCUCCGGAUUAAGCGAAGCGGCGCUGCACAGAGCAGCCAGAGGAAACACACCGGCCGACAUGUGCAAAGAGCUGGCACAGGGGGAGGCGCACUGCAAGCGUUAAAAUCUCCCCCAUCGGUUUCAUUCCGUUUAUUUAUCCUCUCUGGGAUGAGAAACUGGAUUUUCAUUAGAUAACAGUGAUAAUGAAGAGAAAACCAGGGGUUGCGCAGACCACUUGUGACUGCACACCUUGUGUAAAUGAAGCUUUUUAUAUUCGAAAGGGAAUUUUAUGAAAUGUAAUGUUUAAAGUAAAAUAUUGCUUCUUUGCUAAUCCAUCCACGUGAAAGCAGAGCGGCGCAAAAGGCCAAAGUUAAUUCACUAUUUUACAUUUCUGUAGAUUACUCAUCUUUUGUUUUAUUGAUUUUUGGAUAUUCACGUGUUGAAUGCCAUUCCUGGAAUUUAAAUUGUAGGAUAACAAAAUCCCCAUCUUUCGAUUUUAAGCAAACGUGUACGUUUCCGUUCUGACAGAUAUUCUAAUUUCGUCUAAAGUAGGCUAUUUUCUGAUCAUUAAUACAGGCAAUCGAGAGGAAUGGCCGUUUAAUCGAAGUUUUAUUCACAAUUUUAUCAUUUGACUAUAUAACAGAUUUUGUGUGCCCAAUAAAUUGUAUAUUGUUUGAUUUUAUUUUCCCUGACAGAGUGUUAACAAAUCAUAGUGUGGACAGUAAUUUUGUUGAUUUACCAGAGAAAGGUUAACUGUACAUAUCCAGAAUGCUUUCACUGAGGGUUUUUAUUUCUUUUUGCCAUCAGUAAGAUGUGAUUAACACCUGGACUAAGUUACAGUGGAGAAACAUGAGUGCUGGUACUUUUUUGGUGUUGGUUAUUGAAACUCACAUCCUGGAUGUUUAGCAUGAAAUUCUGAACCUCAUCUGUCACACAAUAUCUCUCAGAAAUCUCUUUUUAUAGUGGAAAUCUUUCAGGAAAUAUACACAUUUCAGCACAGUAAGCAUUAGUCUAUCAUUAUAUUCUUCAAAGACUGUUUAUAUAUUACUGAUUUGCUUUUAGGCAAAACGCUGAGUAACUUUAAAACUGUCCGUCUGUUCAUAAUUUCAUGGGUGAAGCAAGAGUUUUAAUACAUAGAGUGCAAAUUUAUAAUUGAGAGUUUAUGGCACAUGGUUUAGUGGAUGAGAUAUUAAAUUCAUGCUCCACAAACCAUCUUCUUAUAAAAUGUGUUUUGCUAUAUUCCAUCAAUGUAGCAACAGUAAGGGGCUAAAAAUGCCCAAAG